AUGGCUGCUUCCGGCUUUGUGGCAUUGCUCGCCAUACUGCCACUUUGGCCCAUCCUUUUUCUCAUAUCUGCUCGGUUGAGCUUGCGCGCUUUGGGCUGGUUUCUACAACACAAGACCAGAGACAGAAAGGCCGCAAUCGUUGCAAGGGUCGAACGGGGUAGAGCUGCAUGGCGCGAGGAGCAACAAUCAUCCCGAGAGGUCGAAGAUGGAUGGGAGAACAUCGACAGUGCCGAGACUGCUCGCAACGGGAAGCCUGCACAGGAUUCAGACUGGUCUGGCGUGGUGGGAUUUUUCCACCCCUUUUGUAAUGCGGGAGGUGGCGGUGAGAGAGUCCUGUGGGCAGCUAUCGCAGCGACUCAGAAACGUUGGCCCAAUGUCAUAUGCGCCGUCUAUACAGGCGACCACGACAUUGACCGUGGGCUCGUGGUAGCUACGGUUAAAACCCGCUUUGGCAUCACCCUCGAAGAACAUUCUCUCGUGUUUUUAUAUCUAUCCACACGCCAUUUCGUCCUUGCCAGUACCUAUCCUCACUUCACUUUGCUGGGACAGUCUCUGGGUUCUGUGGUGCUGGCUUACGAUGCCUUUCAACUCCUUGUGCCCGACAUUUUCGUCGACACCAUGGGCUAUGCUUUUGCUCUGGCGUUCUGCAGCUAUCUGUUUCCCAAGGUGCCCACCGCAGCAUAUGUGCACUACCCUACCAUCUCGACCGACAUGCUUGAAAGCCUUGACGACACCACAGGCCAGCGUGGUAUCCAUUCUGGAGCUGGCGCAGGCUGGAAGGGAAAGGCCAAGAGAUACUACUGGACUGCCUUUGCGUGGCUUUACGGCUGGAUGGGAAGUCAGAUCGACGUCGUCAUGUGCAAUUCGACCUGGACCCAAGGGCAUAUUCGCCAACUUUGGAAACCUAAGAAUGCGUCUUCCACCUCGACUUUCGCUACCGUGGUCUAUCCUCCUUGUCCAGUGGAAGAACUGGAAGCCAAGAUCCAGGUCACCGAAGAGAGCGAGAAACGACGGGAAAACAUCAUUCUUUAUAUUGCGCAGUUUCGGCCUGAGAAGAAUCAUUCUCUCAUUCUCCGGGCAUUCGCCAGAUACUACCAUGCCGCAACAGACAAACCUCGCCUUGUUCUGAUCGGAUCGGUGCGAAGUAACACCCCCGAUGAGAAGCACAUCUACAAUCUACGCCUUGAAGCUCAUGAGUUGAAAGUCAAGGACGCCACCACCUUUAUUUGCGAUGCUCCCUUCUCAGUCAUUCUAGAGUAUCUCCAGAAAUCAAGCAUUACAACCAACGGCAUGUACUCGGAGCAUUUUGGCAUUGGCAAUGUGGAAGGACUGGCAGCGGGACUUAUCCCAGUUGUGCACAACAGCGGCGGGCCGAAGUUGGACAUCGUUGUUCCAUUUGAAGGCCAGCCAAUUGGCUUCCAUGCUGAGACCGAGGAGGAAUUUGCAGCAGCGUUUCAGCGUGUUGCAUCCCUAGAUCCGCAAGAACGUUUCGCGAUGCGGUUAAGAGGGCGCAAAAGUACAGGCCGGUUCACCGAGGCGGCCUUCGCCAAAAGCUGGACUGAGGAGAUGGAGCGAUUGGUCAGAAGGCGGGCUUCCUGA